CCUGGGCUUCCGCAACUUGUUCGCGGUUCGGCGCUCCGGGGUCGCGGCGCAAUGAGUUCCUUCGAGGGACAGAUGGUCGAGUAUCCAACCAUUUCUAUAGACCGCUUUGACAGGGAGAACUUGAAGGCCCGCGCCUACUUCCUGUCCCACUGCCACAAGGAUCACAUGAAAGGAUUAAGAGCCCCUACCUUGAAAAGAAGGUUGGAGUGCAGCUUGAAGGUUUGUUUAUACUGCUCACCUGUUACUAAGGAGUUAUUGUUAACUAGCCCGAAAUACAGAUUUUGGGAGAAACGAAUUGUAUCAAUUGAAAUCGAAACUCCUACCCAGAUAUCUUUAGUUGAUGAAGCAUCGGGCGAGAAGGAAGAGAUUGUUGUGACUCUCUUACCAGCUGGUCACUGCCCAGGAUCAGUUAUGUUUUUAUUUCAGGGCAAUAAUGGAACUGUCUUGUACACAGGAGACUUCAGAUUGGCGAAAGGAGAAGCUGCCAGAAUGGAGCUUCUGCACUCUGGGGGCAGAGUAAAAGACAUCCAAAGUGUAUAUUUAGAUACUACUUUCUGCGAUCCAAGAUUUUAUCAAAUUCCAAGUCGGGGGGAGUGUUUGAGUGGAAUCUUGGAGCUCGUUCGCAGCUGGAUCACUCGGAGUCCGUGCCAUGUCGUGUGGCUGAACUGCAAAGCAGCUUAUGGCUACGAGUAUUUGUUCACCAACCUGAGUGAAGAAUUUGGAGUCCAGGUUCAUGUGGAUAAGCUAGACAUGUUUAGAAACAUGCCUGACAUCCUUCAUCAUCUCACGACAGACCGAAACACCCAGAUCCACGCCUGCCGGCAUCCAAAGGCAGAGGAAUAUUUUCAGUGGAACAGACUACCCUGUGGAAUUACUUCCAAAAAUAGGAUUCCACUCCGCACAAUCAGCAUUAAGCCAUCCACCAUGUGGUUUGGAGAAAGAACCAGAAAAACAGAUGUCAUAGUGAGGACUGGAGAGAGUACGUACAGAGCUUGUUUUUCUUUUCACUCUUCCUACAGCGAGAUUAAAGAUUUCUUGAGCUACAUCUGUCCUGUGAACGCAUAUCCAAAUGUCAUUCCAGUAGGCAUGACUGUGGAUAAAGUGAUAGAAAUCUUAAAGCCUUUAUGCCGAUCUUCCCAAAGUACUGAGCCAAAGUACAAACCACUGGGAAAACUGAAGAAAGCCAGAACACUUGACCGAGACUCAGAGGAAGAUGGUGAUGAUCUCUUUGAUGACCCUCUGCCAGUACCUUUAAGGCACAAGGUUCCAAACCAGCAAACUGUUCACCCUGAGGUAUUUUCAAUGACUGCAGUAUCAGAAAACCAGCCUGGAAAACUGAGACAAAGCACAGGGUGCUACAAAGCAGAGAGUAUGCAAAGCUCUCUUUUGGCAAACUUUGUAGAUUGUGAAGAAUCUAACAGUGAAAGUGAAGAAGAAUUAGAAAUCCCAGCUUUCCCAAAAGAAGCUCUGAGCCCUGUAACACUUCACCAGCAAAAGACUGAUGGGGAUGUACCACAGUGGGAAGUAUUCUUUAAAAGAACUGAUGAAGUCACAGAUGAGAGUUUGGAAAACUGCCCUUCCUCGGCAGGGGGAUCUCAGUCACCAAAGCUUUUCAGUGACUCUGAUGGAGAAUCAACCCACAUCUCCUCCCAGAAUUCUUCUCAGUCAACACACAUAACAGAACAGGGAAGUCAAGGCUGGGACAGCCAAUCUGAUACUGUUUUGUUAUCCUCACAAGAGAAAAAUGGUGGGGAUGUUACCUCCUUGAACAAAGUUGGGUGUAGACCAAGAAUCAAAGAGACUAUUCCUGCCUCUCACAUGGAACAAAAUGUACUUUGCCCAAAGGAUACUCACUCUGAUUUGAAAAGCAGAGAUCAAGAUGUAACUGUAGUUCCUACUGUUGGAGAACCAACUACUCUAACUGGUAGGGAACAUACACCUGAGGCAAAAAGUCUGCUAAAUCUUAGCACAAAUGCAGAUUCACAGAACUCCUCUGAUUUUGAAAUUCCUCCAACUCCAGAAGCUGAGCCACCUAAACGAGAGCAUUUACAAUAUUUAUAUGAGAAGUUGGCAACAGGUGAGAGUAUAGUAGUAGAAAAGAGAAAAUGCUCACUGUUGGAUAUUUAA